CGUAAGGGGAGUUGAAGAGUUUCGUGUAGCCUCAGAGAAGGGCACAGGAGAGGAAAAUAACGGAAAGAAUAAUAACGGAGAGGAUAGGGAACUGGACCGAGGACUGUUAUCUUUUUUUAAUUCGGCCGAUGAUUUUACAGGAAAUGUAAUGCGCAUUUUGGUCAAUUCCUACUAAACUGGACAUCCGGUACAGAUGUAUUUGCUGUUGCACAUUUAACGUUACCUGUGUUCCAUUUAUUUUUAUACACUCAAAUUUAGCAUAAUAGAUUGUUAACUAUACCACAAAUUAGAAUGUUCUUUUAGAGUGAAGUUCAAAAUGCUUCAUAUAACUAACUAUUCUAGAUAUGCAAUGCAAAAACUUCUUAUUCGGUCAAUGUGCCAAUAUUAUUAUAGGGUAGCAAUUCCUCGAAAGAAAUAAGCCUACUGUGGAAUAAUUCGCCUAUUUUUGCUUCAUAAUUGAAAAUAAAAUCGAGAAAGGAAUCAGAAAAAUUGCCAUUUCGUCUCAGAGCUGGGGGGAGAAAGGGAACGUGAGGCUGCUGCUGAACAUUGGACGGGGAGGGGACACCACUGCAUCUCUCUCUCUCUGUCUGUUUCCGUGGAGAGCAGGGGGGGGGGGGGGAUUGAACCGCAAGAAACACAUCAUGCAACAUAAUGGUAACGGAGAAGAGAGGCAGUCAGCCAACCAAUCCGAGCCUCAGCUCCAGGGGACGCCGAGUGGAAGCAUUCCACACAUCCCAGGCAGGGACACCCUUAGCGACCCCACACUCUUCCAACUGCCUGCCCAGUCAAAACUGGAGUUCAAACGCAACGCAGUCACAGAGGACUACAAAAUAACAACUCAAGUACUAGGACUGGGUAUCAGUGGGAAGGUGAUGGAAUGCUACUGCAAGAAGACAGGGGAGAAGUGUGCCCUCAAGAUUCUGUAUGAUAGUCCUAAGGCGCGGCGGGAGGUAGAGCUGCAUUGGAGAGUGUCGGGGGGCCCAUACAUCGUUCACAUCCUCAGCCUUUAUGAGAACAUGCACCAGGGGAAGAAAUGCCUGCUUAUCAUCAUGGAGUGUAUGGAAGGAGGGGAGCUGUUCAGUCACAUUCAGGCCAGAGGGGACCAGGCGUUCACAGAGAGAGAGGCUGCGGAGAUCAUGAGGGACAUAGGCACGGCCAUUGAGUACCUCCACCACAUGGACAUAGCUCACAGAGAUGUCAAGCCUGAAAAUCUGCUCUACACCACCAAGGAGACCAAUGGCGUGCUGAAACUAACUGACUUUGGCUUUGCCAAGGAGACCACCCUCCACAACUCCCUCCAGACACCCUGUUACACCCCCUACUAUGUUGCCCCCGAGGUGCUUGGUCCAGAGAAGUAUGACAAGUCGUGUGACAUGUGGUCUCUGGGCGUGAUCAUGUACAUCCUGCUGUGUGGGUUCCCUCCGUUCUACUCUAACACUGGCCAGGCGAUCUCUCCAGGGAUGAAGCAGAGGAUCAGGAUGGGCCAGUACAAGUUCCCCAACCCUGAGUGGGCGGAAGUGUCGGAGGAAGCCAAACAGCUGAUCAACCAGCUGCUGAAGACAGACCCUAAUGAGAGGAUGACCAUCGGGCAGUUCAUGAACCACCCUUGGAUCAAUCAGUCGAUGGUGAUCCCUCCGACUCCUCUGCACACGUCCCGUGUUCUGACAGAGGACAGAGAACUGUGGGACGAUGUCAAGGAAGAGAUGACCAGUGCCCUGGCCACCAUGCGUGUAGACUACGACCAGGUGAAGAUCAAAGACCUGGACACGUCCAACAACCCACUGCUCAAUAAGAGACGCAAUAGACCUGGUGUUGGGGCGACUGAGGGAGAGGGGGGAGGAGGGGGAGGUGGUGGGGGAGGAGGGGGUGAAGGAGUAGUCGGAGCAAUGGUUUGUAACAGCCAGUGAGAGACUGAGGGAAGGGAGAGAGAGGGGAUGUUAUAUUAAGGACAUUAUUUGGACCAAUAUUCACCAGGGCCCUGAUCACGAGUUGUUUCGGGAAUUAAUCAGAUCUUGUGGUCAGGAAAACUAUUCUCCUUAUUGGUCAAAAUAAGGGUUUAAUUGGACCACGCCAAGAUUGAGAUGGCAGCAAUUUGCCCUCUGUUGGCAGUAAUCAGAAAGAUAAGGCUUUUAUCUCUGUCCUUUACUUAUUCUGUCACCAGCACAUACGACUUUCCAGCUCAGUUAAUCAGACUGAUCUAUAAUAUAAUUGCUUUUGUUUUGUAGAUGUCAUGUUUAUUUACUGCUAUUAUUUUCAUUAAAUAAAUGUUUGUUUCUAAGGAA